AUGUUGUGCGCAAUUAAAAUCAUAUCUUAUCGGUAUUCUUGCACAGAAGCUUCAACGUUACUGCGUGGGCGCCCACUUAACAUGGCAAUCCGAAAAAUAACUACUGAAAGGAUCCCUGGCCCUCCCAAGUUGCCAAGAGAAGAGCAGGAAGAGUUUGAAAGACUGCAGAAGAUCGCCACAUCACAAGAAGCAAUAGACCAGUAUAAUGCACGGGCCACGGGCGAUCAUACAAAGGAAAGUUUGAACUCACCACUUUUGACCAAAAACGAUAUCGGAUCAUUCUCGCCUGAGUUUUCCAAGACUAUACCUGAAUUUGAAGGCGAUGUUAACCCCAAGACUGGUGAAAUUGGAGGGCCCAAGCAGGACCCGUUGAGGCAUGGCGAUUAUUCGUUUAACGGAAGAGUCACAGAUUUCUAG